AUGGCCAUAUUACCAAUGCCUAGACUUCCACUGCCGUUAUGGCCCCACCCUCCUCCUAUGUUAGCAGCGGGCACCUCGCCAAACUCUUCGGAAUCUCUUAUGACUUUCCGGUCGCCCCUCCCAUUCCCGACUCAGGUAUUUUCAGCUGGUCAGGCGACUCUUGGUGCCCCCUUUCCCCGAAACAUACCAGGUGCUUUCCCGACAUCAUCUCAAGGAGGGAGAGGAAUUCCUAACGCCUUCCACUAUGAGUUCCUCAAAGCACACGGUUCUUACCCGAAUCGGCGACCUUUCACCAGACCCCACUGUGAAAUACCGGUCUCGUCUCCUCCAUCGAGAUCACCCGUUCAUCCCUUCCAUAAUCUGACAUCUCCUUUUGGGCGGAAGGCACCCGGAGAUUCCGGUGGAGUCGAUGGAAGCGAUUCGCUGGAAAAGCGGGAGAAGUACAAUUUUUCUGCAUCGGAUCUUGAGUGCGCCUUGUACGGUUAUCUUCGGGGUAGUACCGGGGAAGAGAGGUAUCCAGGUUGUGCAAUGUCGGGGCUCCCUUCUCAGCAUAAAGACAACAAGCUUUCGACGUCACCAUCGACAUCAAAGACGAUCUCGAAAGUGGAAACGAUUCCAGGCGAACACAAGAAAUCUCAGGUUCUCUCUCAGAAGUUAGGUGAUAUCAAUGCAGGAGAUCUCCCAGAGGGCCUGUCUAUUUUGAGAUCGAGUUUCGGAUCCAUAUCGCCCCAUUACAGUGCUUUUUGUCAGCAGACAGUGAUCUUGAAAGGAACUCGGUUUGGACCUUUUACUGGACGAGUAGUACACCCCAGUGAGAUCAAAUCACAUGAUGAUACCAGUCUUAUGUGGGAGAUUUUCAAAGAUGGAAAGCUGAGUCAUUUCAUUGACGGUCGUCAAGGGGCCUUUUCGUGGAUGAGUUUGAUUAAGUGCGCCCGCUACGCCCAAGAACAAAAUCUCAUCGCGAUUCAAGUUGACGACAAAAUAUACUACGAAGCCUGCAAAGAUAUUCCACGGGGUACAGAACUUCUUGUCUGGUAUGGCGAUUCAUAUCUUCAAUUCAUGGGCAUACCCAUUGCUCUGAAGGACGCCAACCGCGGUCAAACAAGUUUAGGCAACGACGAGAAUAUCGACGAUUCUGCUGGAUACCAAUGUGAUCGUUGUGGAAAGGUGUUUGCUUACAAGGAUUACCGUGAUAAACAUCUCAAGUACACACGGUGUGUGGAUCAGGGGGAUAGGAAGUUCCCUUGUCACCUCUGCAAGCGAUCGUUUGAAAAGCGAGAUAGGCUUCGAAUCCACAUCCUGCACGUACAUCAGAAACAUCGACCACAUAAGUGCACUGUGUGUGGAAAGAGCUUUUCACAGUCAUCAAGCCUCAACAAGCAUCUCCGUGUGCACUCCGGUGAGCGUCCAUACAAGUGCGUAUACUGUGGCAAAGCAUUCACAGCUUCCAGCAUCCUCAGAACCCAUCUCAGACAACACUCGGGUGAAAAGCCUUUCAAAUGUCGUCACUGUGGCAAGGCAUUCGCUUCACAUGCAGCCCAUGACAGUCAUGUCCGCCGAACCCAUGCCAAAGAAAGACCAUGUGUGUGUCAGUUCUGUGGGAAAGCCUUCAAUCAGUCCUAUGAACUCAAGUUCCAUCUCAGCAUACAUGAAGGUGAAGCAAAGCCAUAUUCGUGUGAAGGAUGCAACCAGACUUUCCCUACCUCAACAGCAAGAGACACACAUCGGUCAAGUCUUGAAUGUCCUCGAUUCAACCCGCAACACGUAGCUUAUCUCGGAAUCGACUCGCUUCCUUCAGCGCCCUCCACACCAGGGGCAGCAUCCGUAGCCUCGACCUCAAGCAACGGCAGCGGAAGCAGCUUUGGAACAUCGUCGCGCGGAUCAAACAUGGAUGUCAAUGCCGCGGACAGUCAUGGUCACGUGGGUGUUGCGUCGUUAUUUGUGGACGAAAACGAUAAUAUCCCAAACAGCGGUGUUCUGUUAUCUACCACAUCUGUGACAUUCAACAGAGCUAUGAAUGUGAAGUAAUUGAAAAAAAAAAACACUUCAUGAAGUUAAAAGAAAAAUGGGUUUAUAUACGACUCUUACAUAACUUUCCUGACACCCUGGGGCGUGAUAGUUGAUACUAAAGCGGUCUUUGAUUCCGAGAUUGAAAUGCAGGUGAUGCGCUACUUCGCUUUGGUGAGGAAGACUUAUUUAAGUGAUGAUUGAACUUUUCGAAAGUGUAGAAGUUGUGAUUCUGGGGGAAUAAAAAGUGUAUUGUUCAAUGAACAAUACCUAAACUUUUAAAACAAAACGGAAUGGAAGUCAUUAACUUAACAGUCGAAAAGUAAUCGCCAGGUCUCAUGCCUGAGAGUACCCAGCGGAUAGAUCGUAGGUGGCACAGCGCAGUUCAAAUGUCCCAAUUCUUUCAGAGAGCGAGUCUUCAAGCGCUAUGGUCACAUGAUGGUGAUCACUGUCUUGUUUGGCGAACAUGGAUUGACUUCUGUUUGUCAGUAUGUGCCGAUGCUUCAUAAUAAUAAAAACAAAUUUAUAGAGAAUUUCCUUGCCCGAAUUGACAAUACGUCAUUCAUCUCAUUUAUUCUUUAUCCUAGCCCAAAUCUGUUAAUUUUAACGUCAUUCUUUGAUUCAGAAAAUAUCCAGGCACCUGAAUGUUUAAUUGAUUUUGAGAGUAUUGGCGAAACUGACUGCAGGAGAGCGUUUUAUCAAUAUUUUUGUCUGACAAGUUGUUAGAUCUUUGGUUUUGAUUGGCUAAGCAGUACUGUUGCUAUGGUAACUUUGGGAUAAAACGAGACUUGUCGCAUAAAAUGUCCGACAAUUCCUUUCAUGAAACGCUCCUCAGAUCUGAAAAAGGCUAUUAAGUCAUUCCAAAUGUCAAACCACCGGUCGGUUUGGUCUGACUGUCGCAAUGUUAAUCUCAUUUUGAGAGAUAUCCUCACUAUUUCUCAGAUAGAGGAGAAAUUCAUUAAACAUACAGUACAUAAAUUAUAAUUAUGAAAUAAAUGAUGUUAGUGUUUGGAACAACAUCAGUCAUAUCUAUAUGUACAAGUAGAACGAUAGAUAUGGUGUACAAUCGCGGUGUUUUUUUCUGACUUGUUUAUGUAUGAUAAUUAUGUAGGAGAUGUAUCAAUAUACGGAUCGUAUUUACAAUCUUUAAAUUUGAGUUAGAUUGUGGUUGUCAAAUCAUUAUACUAAGCUGCACGAUCAUGAUGACUGAAAGAUUUUUGUAAAAGUAUCAUCUUGAACAAGUAUAAUCAAAUUCUGAAUUUUCAGGUCACAUUACAUGGUUAUUUAUUUUAAGUGAAUAGUCGGCUUAAUGCCAUUAUAUACUACAUAAACUUUCGUUAACUAAUGACAGUGUCUCUCUGUUUACGAUAAUAAUUGGACUCAUUAUUAUUGAACAUAUUGACUUUGGUUGUUUUCCUGUCUUUUCGACAGAAUAACCAAAUCAGUGGUUUUAACUAUAGACAAUCAUGCUCAAUUAUGUAUCCCUUUUCCUAUAAAAUCUGUACAAAAUUUGUUAAUCAAAUGUGAUUCUCCCUCAAGAUUAAAAAUGGCAAAAACUCUAUUCCUGUGGUGGAAGAGGGUAAUGUACUCAGUUCCGUUCGCAUCUGGCAUUUCCUGUGCGAGAAUGGUUUUACUUUUAGCCUGGUAACAGCAGGGUAUGUGAUCACUUAAAUUUUAAAGAAGUCUUUGUUUGUCAGGAUAUUUCAAACAUAUUAUGUAGAUUUAUGAUGAACCGUGUAAUUGUAUGCAUAUCUCUGUAACACUCUCUCUAAUGUGUUUUAUUGUUACAUCCCAGAGAACACAGAAACAUUGCUUAAAAGUUAAAGUCUUUAGUUUUUGAAAGGUUACAUUUUCGUAGGAUAAUUUAUUCUGAAUGUGCUUGAAUGAAGAAAAUCCAUUUCUUUUUAAAUCAAUGAAUUUGCAUGUCAUUUGUAUAUACAACGUUAGAGAAAAUAUCAUAAAGGAACGGAGAAGUAGUUUGAGAAAUGACGGAAGAAAAGAGAGUGGAGAAAAGAAAAGAUUAUGAUAAUGACAGUUACAGGAUGAUGACGAACUUUUAUGUAGGAAAUGGAGAAGAAGAAGAUCGAAAAGGGGAGAAGAACAAUAAAGCUUUUUUAGCAUCCUCAAAAUGAGAAAAAAUCCACCCCUCCCGAAAUACAAGUGCAAUCCCCAAUGUCAUUGUGCCAAAUCCUUCAUUUAAUGAUAAUAUUAUUGAGGCAACAUUUUACAAUCAAAUUCAGACUGAAGAUGCAUCUAUACUUGUUUUACAUAUUUGUUUUAUAUUCUCAUGUACAAAAAAACAUGGUGAGAACCCCCCAUUGUUUCAAGGUGUAUUUGUAAUCGAUGAAAAGUACUAUGUUCUAAAGAAGUGAAAUGUUAUGUAUUUAUAUUAUGCCAUGUACAUUGUAGAUAUAUGUAUCAAAAUAUAUAAAGAAAUAGACAGGAAAAUAAAUGUUGUGUUCAACAGU